AUGUCUAAAAAUUUACACGAACGAGCGUUACAAAUUAAACAAUAUAAAGGGUCCGAUAUCAAAUACAUUCCCGCGGUUGAUCUGCACAACCUCAAUUUAAAAUCCGCGAAAAGUCUCGUUAUUAAAACCAUCCAAGAAUAUUAUUCUACCGAAGUGACUUGGAUAAGAUUUAUAACGGGGAGAGGAAAUCAUCUAAACGCAAAGGGGAAACGAGCAAUCCUUUAUAAUAGCUUUCCAACUUGGAUUACAGAUGUUAAAAUCCAUCAUUUAAUCGAAGAUUACGAUCAAGGUGAUGGAUCUUACAAGGUAUACCUUAAAACUUCCAAAAAACUAAAAGAAGAAUCCUCAACAAUUACAAUUUUGGAUGUAAAUGUAAUUCGACAGGAAGUUUUCAACCGGUUAGAAACAUUGGCCGAAACUGGAAACGUCGACUCUCAAUUACUCAUCGGACAAUUAUAUUUUGAUGGAGUUGGUAUUAACAUAAAGGAAAAACAUGAACAAGCCUUCAAGUGGUUCAUUAAAGCGGCCGAACAAGGUGACGUUGGUGCUCAAUUGAUCGUCGGGAAUUUAUUGCAUGAAGGUAAAGGUGUUGCUAGAAAUUAUAGAGAAGCUUUUAAAUGGUUACUAAAGGCCGCUAAGCAAAAUAACGUUAGCGCACAAAUUAUUGUUGCAAAGAUGUAUUUCAAUGGAGAAGGUAUUAGGAAAAGUGAUAAAGAAGCUUUUAAAUGGAUUAAAAUGGCCGCCGUAACCAAUAAUCCUAACGCCCAAUUUAUCCUUGAACAAAUGUGUGCUAAAAGUGAAGGGGUUAAACAGAAAGAAAUCGAAUUCAGAGAAAUUGUAGCCUAA